AUGCUUUUGUAUAAAUCGGAUGAAUCACUGUUACUAUUUGGAGAACCAGGAGUUGGAGGCACCAAUUGUAAACAGGUUGUAUUGGUAAGAAUAGAGGUAGGAGAAUGGGUUGUAUUGGUAGGAAUAGAGGUAGAAGAACGGUUGUAUUGUCACUCUUAUCCCCAAGAAAUAUCGAAUCAAGACAUUUCAGCUGACGAAUUGGAUGAUAAUAUUUGGGAGCUUCCAGAAUACAGUUCUUCAGAAUAUGACUCCAAUGAUUCUAUAAUUUUUGGAGACAUAUCAGCAUCAUCUCAUUCCGAUAUGGAAAUAGACUCUCCUUCGGCAAAUGUAUCCUCUUUUGCAGAAUGUGAUCUUGAAGAUUAUGAGGGUGCUUCGUUAGAAGAUGCUUUUGAUGACUUGCAAAAUCUACCAACUAUUAAAUGGCCCAACGAAGCUUAUCGUGAAUUUAUGGAGAUAGUUAAUAAGCACCAACUAUCUAAUUCGGCUGAUGGUGCUGAACAUCGAGUAUUUGAAGAACA